GGGCGGCGGUGAGGGGUGUGCGUUCGGUGCUGCGGGGUUGCGAGUCUCUGCCCGGCGGCUCGCUUCUCGGGCACGGUUGCGGGAGCGGAGCGAGCGAGGUUUGCUACUCGCGAAAUGUCGCAGGCUGCCAUGUCCGAGACCUACGAUGGAAGCAUUUUUUGUCUACCAGAUUUCCUGUUUAAGUUCUUGGUCAUAGGAAAUGCUGGGACUGGAAAAUCCUGUUUACUACACCAAUUUAUUGAAAAGAAAUUUAAAGACGAUUCAAAUCAUACCAUAGGAGUGGAAUUUGGUUCAAAGAUCAUAAAUGUUGGUGGUAAAUACGUGAAAUUGCAGAUAUGGGAUACAGCAGGACAAGAGAGAUUCAGGUCUGUAACAAGAAGUUACUAUAGAGGUGCUGCAGGUGCUUUACUUGUCUAUGAUAUAACCAGCCGUGAAACCUACAAUGCUCUCACUAAUUGGCUGACAGAUGCAAGAAUGUUAGCAAGUCAAAAUAUUGUGAUAAUACUGUGUGGAAACAAAAAAGAUCUUGAUGCAGAUCGUGAAGUAACCUUUCUAGAAGCAUCCCGGUUUGCACAAGAAAAUGAGCUGAUGUUUUUGGAAACAAGCGCACUGACGGGGGAAAAUGUUGAGGAGGCCUUUGUACAGUGUGCAAGAAAAAUACUCAAUAAAAUUGAAUCAGGAGAAUUAGAUCCAGAAAGAAUGGGCUCAGGUAUACAGUAUGGAGAUGCUGCCUUGAGACAGCUGAGGUCACCACGAAGAGCACAAGCACAAAGUGCUCAGGAAUGUGGGUGUUAAAGAAGCAAAACACAAAAUCCAAAAUACUUACUUCAGAUACAGAAGCUGUCCAUACAAAUGGUGUUUGAAGAAAUAAAGCUUGAAAGCUGUGCAGUUUUGAAAACCAUCUUUCUGCUGUGUACAGCCAGAGCAGACCACUGCUGACAGAGAGGUGCAUCAUGUGGUGUGGAGCAGGAAUGUUCAUGUGGCACAAGCCUGCAAAGGGAACCUGCUGACUCAGUGGGAAGUGUUAAAGUAAUACCUGUAUGUAAACGUUUUCCAUUACCUAUUUUUAUUUCACCUUUAGUUGAAAGCGUUACUAUAUACUGUAAAUAAUGUAACAGUAAAUUUACAAAGCAUGAUAUAUAUAUAUAUAUAUAUAUGAUGAUAGAACAUUGCACUACAACAGUUUAAUAUUUUAUUUUUUUAUUGUAGAAACUAAAAGUUAACUGAAGUAGACUUUGUCAUGUUUGUUGCAUAAUAGUUUAUAUUUAUGCCAUGAAUUAUAAAACCACUGGCAGUGUCAGUGAGGGAUGGCUGUUUUUCUCCCCCUACACUUCCCCCCCAUUUCUUUUGCCACGUUCUGACAAUUUGUUUCUGUGACUGGUUCUCAAUAUGGGGUUAGUUUUGGUUGCUUGCUUUGGGCAGUGCAUCAAGUUGGAAAAGUCGUUUUUAUUGAAGUUCACCUGUUUUAACAAAAUUCUUGUAUAUCAUCUUUUGAAGCACUUUUAUCAAACUGUAAAAGUUCAGGAAAACAUACUUAUGUUGAGAACGUAAGUCUCUCAAAUGGCUGUUAACUGAUGUGGAUUUUGAAACUUUUUUCUUGGUUCUGACGUUUUGUAUAGCACUGGUGUCAUGAAGAUAGUAUGUAUGUGUGAACAGAAUUGAGCAUCUUCUGUGUGUUUUGUACAUCUGGUGUUGGGCACGGGCUUCCGGAAACCUGUCACAGUAGGAGUUCUAUUAACCUGUGAUUGCUAACUAAGCAAUCACCUGUAGGAAAAUUGAUUUCUGCUGAAAUAUGCCUUGUGAGGUACAAACUGAACCCAGGUUGGUUCUUCUAAAGUAUCCCGAAUGUAUGAUUUAGAAUACUGGUAUCUUAAACAUUUAUAAAAUAUAAUUAGGAACUUGGAUGGUAAAGGUAGACUUCAAAAUCAGGAACUGAAGAGUCUGUCUUGCUGGAGUCCAACCUUUUGAACUUCUGGGGAAAAUAUGGUACGUAACGCUGUCAACAUUGCUUCCAGAAGACUCACAUGAGGGAAGAAAGAAAAAGAUGCUGGUGAUGUAGUUCAUUUUUCCUGUGAAACUCAUCGGGGAAACAUCAGCCUUAGUGCUGACUUCAUUUCUCAUUCAAGCAAUUCAUACUUCCCUUCUGCCUUCUUAUAUGGCAAGAAGGAGAUACGGGGUGAGGGCUAGGAGUUCUGUUGUCAUUGCUCAGCUGGAGACAGAAUAGACUGGCAGAGGGCUUAAGCGUGAGGACAGAACCAUGAGUAGUAUGUAUGAUCAGGUAAGAGAUACGGCUUUCACGUUGUCAGAUAAGGAGCUGUGGAAAGUGUUUCUGGAGCUAUCUGAGCUCAAACUGUUGUCACAAGGGAAAUGAUAGUUCAGUUGUAUGGAUAUAAAUUGCUAGUGAUGAUUUUACUUAGUUCCUUAUGUAAUUAGAAAUUGGAAGUCUUUUUGGAAAUGCAAGCGAAUGCAAGCAAACACAGAAAAUAGUUUAUCUCAUCAGAAAACAGUAUGAAAAUUCCAAGGAAAAACAUGCUUUAUUUUCUAUAUCUGAGUAUUUUUAAGGGACACUUGUCAGGUGCAUAUUUAAAAACUAAAUCAGAAAACUGAACUGCUGCUGUGACUUAGAGGGCAGUUAAAGCACACAAGCGAACCAAGGAUGAUACAGAGAAGACGGUAUUCCAUCUUUCAUGGAGUUAGAAUUGUGUGGAAAAAAUAAUUGUCCUGACAUUUUUGUUUCAAAUGGAUGUUUGUCUUAAAAUGAUAUACCUUGGCCAUCUCUGAAAUAAAAAUAUGAAAUAAUUAACCCUAGACUUUUCCAGUACACAGUAAGUUUUUAAAAGACUGUAGAGUCUGAAGUCUUGUUAGAGCUUUCUGCUGUGUCCUGUGUUAUUUAGGAUUUAGAUUUGUUGCAUAACUAAUAAUAAUUCUUCCUAAGGCAUAUUCUCUUCUUGAUAAAAUUCAGUGUUUUGUUGUUUUUUUUCUUUGUGAGGCGUCUUAAUUCUGCAUUUACAGGGACAUAAAAGAAAGAACUCUGAAUAGACCUUACCUGUCAGUCAUAAUAACUUAAUUUGGCUUCCACUACUCCAAAACCAGACGGAGGUACCAAAAGCAGUCCCUUGAAGUAGAGGUUAGAUGCAGUUAGCUUCUCUACCAGUCCAAACGUCCUGUUGUUCAACUGUGAUGUUUUGCCAUCCUCCUGAACUCUAGCAAAAAUGCAGAGUGAAGGGGAAUGUGUCAGUUCUGAAACACCAAAUCAUUACUGAAAUGCUGGAAAAAAUAAUAGAGGAAUCCAUUUCCCCUUCAUCUAAUCAGAUUUCUUGGUACACUGAUAAAGUGAAGGCUGAGCACUUACCAGUUCUGACAUAGCACAGAGCUAAAGGUCUCCCCCUCUGUCACUUAAAGUGGUUGAAGGCAGGAGUUGGCACUUGAUUAAAACUUACUUUUAUUAUUAUGCUAGCAGUUUGAAGAAUAAGGGAAGUGGUUCUGUUGCUUCUGAAUAGUCCCCUAACGAAAGAAACGUGGACUUUAAAGUGUGGUUGGUUUUUCCUGACUUUUAAAAAAAUACAUUUUCUAUUCCUUUUUCCUUUAUGUACAAAUUGGCUCUCUGUUUUAUACUGGUUCAUAUGGUUAAGCAGCAGGAAGCAGUUUCAUUGUUUGGUAACAACUUGUCUUAUGCUGUCUCCUUCCCAGGAUGAAGGAAAAAAUACUUGCAUUAUAAUCAGUUGACAUGUUUUUACUAUUUCUUUCAAUACCUGUUCCUGCUACCUUAGUGCAACUUAACCAGGUUAAUGUUUUGUAGUCUUGCACCCCAUGCUGCAUCUCAUUGACAUUUUGAAAAGAAACCUUCUAAAAUGGCAAUUCCAGAGGGCAAUACUUGGGAAGCAAUACUAUAAGCAACAGUUUACUAGUUGUUCACUAGUUCUCCUCUGAGAAUUUAUUUCUAAAAAUAAACAUUAUGCCCAUAACAGCUGUGGAAUCAAUUUCAAGCUUUAAUAAACCUAGCUCAUGAAAAUAUUAAGUGAUAUAUAUGUUCAACUGCAUAUGACUUUUAGUGUAAAAUUAAUUUACCAAAGCAAAAUGGCUUAAUUUUAUGUGAACUAAUUCCAGGCAGCCAUAUCCUAGGAUUUACUGAAUACAGAGUUUCAACUUUUCCAGUCCCUCAGAAGAUCUAAAUGUCCUAUUAAAAUCUGUUUUGCCUUUCAGUGAGGCUACUGGCUUAUAUUCCAUUUCAAGCUUGUAUCUAACAAGAAAUAAAGAGUCUUUCUUAAUUUUUCUAGGGGUGCUACAGCAUAUUCUAUUUAUUUGUACUACAGCUACAUGAAUGAAGUCCCCAAGACAAACUGUUAGAUAGUCAGGAAAAGAAUAUUUCGGCUGAAUUUAUAGUGGAGUUGGUGUUUGGGAAAGUACCAGCAGGUAUGAGACUGGAGUACUGCUGGAGUGUAUUUCACAGCAACAGAGCGAGGAAGUCACUGUCCCUGCUGGCACUAGAUUCCCCCAGGCCUCCCACUGCCCAGGCAGGCCCCUGCCCUGGCACCCUGCUGCUUCCCCCCUGGGUUAGAGAGGAAGCAACUGCAAGGUGUGUUUUCAGUAGCACAUCCUGAAGGAGGUCAGGGCUAUGAAGCUGCAUCCAGUUGCCUUGUACUUCGCUUGUCUGUCUUCUUGCUUCAGAUCACUAAACAGUGAUGUCCCUAGAGCUCCUGGAAUGCCUUAUUUCAGAAGUGAGAAAUGCUUUUUUAAAAGCUAUGAGAAGAUGUUUAUACAACUUGAAUCCUGUAUUUGCUCUUAGAACUUUUCCAGACUAACAGGCAACUCAGGUUGAGAGCACAGCUGACCUCUCUGUAAGGAAAAGGUAUUAAGAAUUUGAGAGAGUACUACAGGCAGAACACAAAUUCAGCUCUCAGACUGACAUACUUGUGAAGAAUGGUGUUGGGUAAAGAGUUGCAUUAGUCACUUUUCUCAUAGGGAGGGCAUAGAACCAGAAACCAUAGUUUGUGCACAGUCUGUGGGAACCCUCUAACAGCUGAGAGCCAAAAAAUAACAGUAUAAGCAGCCAGGAGACGGUCACUCAUUUUAUUCACAUAUACAAAUUGACACCACACUAUUAAAUAUAGACAAUACAGAAGCAUUAAAAACAAGUACUAUUAAAAACCUUAAAAAAAAACACACCACAUAUUACUUCAAGCUUAGAUGCUGUUUCCCCUAUAUUUUUUUUAAAGUGAAUCCAGUGCUAACAGGAGCUGAGGCAGCUUCCCAUUCUCUUCUACCCCUAAUUUUAUAGGUGCUAUUGUCAAGGUGUUAAGUCAGGCUCUACAUAUGGCUUUGCUGCUGAGUGCAGAAAGUGAAGGUAAGUUGGCACAUGCAGGUUUACUGGACAGCUCCUCAGAUUGCUAGCUUUUGGUCCUCAUGGUUAAAGAAAAA